AUGUCGAGGAUGCGGGAUCACUUGUUUGCCAACAGCCUUGCGGAUUGCCAUAAGCGUGCGACAACGCGUGGUCCGUGCUAUUCGUCCAACGCGCAAUACCAGCCUCCUCCAGGGCCCCCGCCGACUUCUCAUUACUCUCCACCGCCCGGUCCCCCGCCAUCUCACUACUAUCCUCCGGGUAGUUACCCGACCCCGUCUCCCUCGCCUUAUGGACACCAUUCCUCUACACCGCCACCUCAGUCCCCCUCGUCUUAUCAACGAUCUUACCACAAUCACUCGCCAUCAUGGGGCUCGAACAUGCCGCCCCGCCCGCCUCAAGAGGCGCAGCACUUUGGCGGGGGCGCCCCGUCCAACUACCGCUUCCAAUACUCCAACUGUACCGGCCGGCGUAAAGCCCUCUUGAUCGGAAUCAACUACAUCGGACAACCGAACCAGUUGCGCGGAUGCAUCAACGAUGUUACCAACAUGUCCACGUUCCUGAACCAGAAGUACGGGUAUCGCAGGGAGGACAUGGUCAUUCUCACGGAUGACCAGCAGAACCCGAUGAGCAUCCCGAACAAGGCCAAUAUCCUUAGAGCCAUGCAAUGGCUGGUCAAGGACGCGCAGCCCAACGACUCUCUUUUCAUCCACUUUUCGGGACACGGUGGUCGCACGCCCGAUCUCGAUGGUGACGAGGAAGAUGGCUACGACGAUGUCAUUUACCCCCUGGACUACCGUACCGCCGGACACAUCGUCGAUGACGACAUGCACGCCAUCAUGGUCCGUCCACUACGCCCCGGUGUCCGUCUAACCGCCAUCUUCGACUCCUGCCACUCCGGAACCGCCCUCGACCUCCCCUACGUCUACUCCACACAAGGUAUUCUAAAGGAACCCAACCUGGCCAAAGAGGCAGCCAUGGACCUCUUCAGCGCCAUCAACUCCUACGGCAAAGGCGAUCUCAGCAGCGUCGCCCAAACAGCCAUCGGGUUUUUCAAGAAAGCAGCCAACGGCGACACCGCGCGCCAACGAACCGUGAUGACGAAGACCUCACCUGCCGACGUGGUCAUGUUCUCCGGCUCCAAAGACACCCAAACCUCCGCGGACACAUUCCAAGACGGCGAAGCCCGAGGAGCCCUUAGCUGGGCAUUCAUCAAAACCCUACAAGCACGACCAAACCAGAGCUACCUGGUCCUAUUGAAUUCGAUCCGCAGUGAACUGGAAGGAAAAUACACCCAGAAGCCGCAGCUGAGCUGCAGUCAUCCUUUAGAUACCAAUUUGCUUUUUGUGAUGUGA